GAUGCCAUUUACCAAGGGGAAGUUCAAGUGAAGAAAGGCAAGAAAUUUGGCUAUGGUUCAAUUCCGGAAGCUGAUCCUAGCGUUGAUGCAUCUCCAAAUUAUGAAGAAAUGUAUCUUGAGACUCAAGAAAAGCUCCAGAAAUCGGACCAAGUGAUUGAGGGAAUGCUGCUGAAGUUUAAAGAUGUUGAUUUUUGGAUUACUAUGAUGCAGAACAAGUUUCCAAAUGAAGUUCCACCUUCCAUGAUAACAACAAUGAACACCAAUGGUGGUCUUUGAAUUCAAUUAGUAAUUUGGUUUCAUUAAGACUUUAAGCAUUUAGGAUUGUUUUUCAAUAUUAUGUUUGGAUGUUUAAGUGU